CGCAACGAACGACGGAGUGAGAGAGAUCAGCUCACAUUCCCUCUGCAGCAGCUCCGAAAGAUACGCGGCUGCAGCUAAAAGACGUGCGCGCCCGAGAGAGAGGGAUAUAUUAGAGCAUCGCAGCGGCUGCACCUCGAGCUUUUCAUAUUAUGCGCACAUAUAGGGCUCUCUCUCUCUCUUCGACGGUUUAUUUAUUUGGAAACGCGUGCGCGCGCUCUGUCGCCGUAGGUAGCGGAGAGCCAUAUUAUAGAAAGGAGAGAGACGGAGAUACAAAGAGAAAGAGAGAAAGAGAGAAGAAGCGGCUCGGCAACGACGACGGGAGGAGAGCAUUUCAGCAUUCGAGGAAGACAGAGCGCGCGCGCGAGAAGGAAAGCAGCAGCAGUGCAUACACACUCGCGGGAGUAGAGAGCGCAGCGAGCGACGUCGCUAAAAAGAGAGAGAGAGAGAGAAAAAAAAGAGAAGGAAACGGACACACGAAUCGGCCGCGUAUACACACAGAGAGCAGCAGCAGGCCAUCGGACCCAGCAGCAGCAGACGGACGGGAGAGAGAGAGAGAGAGAAAGAGAGAGACUGAAAACACGAACGGCGAGGUGUGUGUGCAUCGAGCGGCCAAGCGGGGAAAGAGAGAAGAGAGAGAGAGAGAGAGAGAGAGAAAAAAGAAGGAAAACGCGCGGCGCCCACGUAAAGAACGGAAGCACCCGGAUUACCCACACAGACGGCAGACCUGCACGGACAGUCUGCCGCCGCCGACUGGCCCGUCGUGUGUCUGUGUGUUAUAAUAUAAGUAUAUAGUGCCAGCAGUGCGUCGUCGCGCGCGCCAGAGAUUCACUCUCGCGCGAAGCUGAGCUCCCGCAGCGCCCGAAGAAUUUCCCGUUUUUUUCACGACCCGAAAGGGUGGCUGCAGCAACAGAGCACACACGUAACUACUAUACGAGAGCCGAAGGAAGAGAGAGACAGAGAAGAGGAGAGCAAGAGAGAGAGAGAGAGUACAUCGUUGGCGGCAGCGGUAGCGCGCCGCGGUUUGUGUAUAAUAUACAUAUAUGUAUACUCGGAGCACACACCUAUAUGUACGCGCAGCAUACACUCGCGACGGGGCUGUAUGUGUACGCGGACAGACGAGAGGAUGAUGAUGCUGCCGCCGCCGCUACUGCUGCUGUUGCUCUCUUCUCGUCGGGCGCAUGAAGGUCAUAUAGCGAACGCUGCUGCUGCCGCUGCCGCCGCCGCCGACGAGCGCCCAAGCUGCCGCCGCUGCAGCUGCUGCAGCAGCCCUCGAGCCUGCGAAGAGGCCGACGACGACUACUACUACUACUACUACUACUGCUGCUGCCGCUGCAUCAGGGCUACACAUGUGUGCGCGGACCCUGCCUAGGACCGUCCUCCACCUGCGCUAAGAGACUCGUCUAGCGGCCCACCGCUGCACGUGAUACCUACGCUUCCAAUUCUUCUUCUUCUCUCCUUCCUUCCUUCGUUCGUGCUCCUAGCAGCACUCGUAAACCGAAGAGGAUUCUCCGCGCGAGAGAGAGAGAGAGAGAGAGAGAGAGAGAGAGAGAGAAAAAGAUAGAGUCAGUGAGUGAUUUGCGUGGGUGCAGCUGCUCGCUUUCCAGACGCCUUAUCGAGAGAGUGAGAGAGAAAGAGACAGAAAGAGAGACGUGAAGUUCUGUGUCCUGGUGAGACGACACGACGACGACGACGACGACGACUCCAAGGGGAGCACAUGCCAGAGGUUAUCGCUGCCAGUGAGACAGACUGUUUUGGCUUGCUGUUCGAGGACUGACUCGAGGGACCCUGAAAAGUUGGAACUCGGAGGCUGUGGACCAGGGGCCAGACAUGGUUGGCUAAGGUUGAAGGGCAGAGAAUGGCUCGCGAGCAGGUAACGGCAGCAUGCGCGAGAAGUCUUCGGAAUGUCAUACCCAGGCGAGUCACGUGAGGGCGAUGACAGAGAUGUGCUCCCGCGAGCCGCCGCCGGCAGUGCUCCAGCAUCAUCACCCGGCCCUCGGCAGCAGCAAGGCCAACGGCAAGAACCCGACCAGUCCACCCGUUCAGCAGCAACAGCAUCAUAACCACGCAGCGCAUCACUCGCAGUCGUCGCCGAGGCCCAGCAGCCUCGUGGCAUCGCCUGCCUCGACGCCCAGCGGCCACGAGGACGACGCCAGCAACGGCGCGAGUAACGCUGCACCCGGUAACUCGAACAAUCAUCUACCCACUCCCGGGGGUAGACUGAAGUUUUUCAAGGAUGGCAAGUUCAUUUUGGAGCUGUCGCAUCGUAGGGACGGCGAGAGGACCACCUGGUUCCCCGUACCCAAGAAGACCUUCUGGCCACCGGCCAAUGUCACGCCCAGCAGACAGGAGAGCUCGGCCUCCCUCAGUGUAUCGGACGAUAAUUCGUCGAUCCAGUCGAGUCCGUGGCAGCGCGACCACUGCUGGAAGCAAACCAGCCCCAGGCGCAAUAUCUCGACUGAGUUCAACUUUUACUACAGGCGCAAUCCUAAGACACGACUGAGCGCACAUCCGAGACUGAUAGCCCGCAAGAGGCGGCAACCGCUCGAUACAUGUUCCUCGCUGACGCAGCUGCAGGAAUCACUCGCGAAUCACCAGCAGCAAAAGCAGCCUCAGCCCCAGUCGUCGACGGCGACGUUGGCAAACGCUCGAAAGCUCAACGGCGCCGCGGCCGCCGCCGUGCCGCCCAACAAGAGUCUGAGCAUCAUCAUCGAUAAGCUCGCGCGACUCCUCGACCCGAACGUCGUCUCGCCUCGCAAGCGCAUACUACGCGAGCUCGAACGUGUAAGCCUCGAGGAUCAAGCUUCUAAGCGGAGAGCUACGCCGCCGCAGCCCGCCAACACACCGCAGCAAUCAAACGAGACACCAGCUCCGGUAUCAAAGCAGCUGUCUUCGUACAGCAUAACGAGUAUCCUCGGCGAAGACAAACCGAGUGCUGAGAAUGAGCCAGGCUUCCUACGCAAUUUGCUAAAGCCUCAGGAACGUCGCCAUCCUCCACAACCAUCACAACACUCGCCUCAACACUCGCGUUCGCCACAGCAUCACCCGCACUCGCCUCAGCAACACCCGCACUCGCCUCAGCAUCAUCCGCACUCGCCGCAGCACCAGCCGGUCUAUCCACGCUCGACGAGCCGGCUAGACCCGGCUGUAGCUGCGGCCUACCUCAGUCCCAACGCAGCGGCCUCGUCGAUCCACCAGCCGUUGUAUGGACUGCCAAUGAUGCCGCCCACGGGCUACAGGGCGCCACCCUUCUGCUGGAUGCACUACUCCCAGCCAGUGCAUUAUGCGCCACCGAUGCCGCUUUAUGCGGCGCCGCCGCAACCGCCUCACCAUACGCCCUCACCCUCGCCGCCCGCGCAUCGUUAUAAGGACUAUAGGGAGCAGACUCUUACACCACCCUCGGAUAUGCCUCUGAACUUGUCCAAGCACGCGGGUUGAAUCUCAGGAUCCCAAAAGUCGGUGCCUUAUUGUUGGACAAAUUACGAAUGAAAAAGUAACCCUAGAAUAACCCAUAUGCGCAAACACUGCCCGUGCAACGACAAUGCGAUUUACAUACAUUAGUAUUUUUUUUAUCCCUAAAGCAAAAUAGAAAGUACGUAUGUAGUAGGUAGAAGCUCGAAGUUAAGGCUCUACACCGCUGCUCGUGGGGCUGAGAUUUUCGUACUGUUACUCGUAAAAUUAUUCUGCUUAGAUGGACAGAUUUGACAGAAACGACUUGCUGGAGGCCGACUGUAUUAAUCAAGCAUGAUAACUAGGUGAAUAUUGCUGAGCAAUGAUACACUAACAACCAACUUAUUUUUUACGUAUACGAUAUGUUUUAAAUAGUGAAUAUUUAUACAUUUUUUAAAUUUAUAUACGAAAGUAUUCAAAAACUUUUGAAUGCAUUUUAAAGGUUUUUAUUUAUAAUGAUUUUCUUAUUUAAACUUCAUUUUAAAAAAAUUCUCUUACAUACUCAAAGCGUUACAGUAUUUUGGAAACACUAUACAUGCAUGGAUAUGUAUUUCAGUAUUUUUUAAAUAAUAUAUAUACAAAAGUUUAUAAUCUUUUAUCAUUUUAAUAUAUGUAUAUAUCUUGAUGUUUUGUUAAGCGAAAUCAAUAACUUUAUUAUCGUGAAGAAUUUUAAAAGAAAUUAGCACUGAAUAAAUUUUAAAUUGAGAUUCAAGCGAAUAUACAUGUAUAGAAAUGUGUAUAACAGGAAUUUAAAAAAUUCUUUUACUAAAAAAAUAUCGUUUUGAGUUCGAUAUGUUUUUGUUAUUUGUGAUCAUUCAUUUGUUAGUAAUCAUUGAAAUAUUGAAAAGAUUUAAGAUAAGACGUUAAAAAAAGAAAGAAUGUAAAAGUUUAAUCUUACAUUAACUUCAAAUAAGUAAUGCAACUCUAGCAGAGAGAGCGAGAGAGAGAGAGAUAUAUAAAUGUUUUAAAACUAUGAAAGCUCGUAAUAUCAAAUUAAUAAAUUAUUAGAGUUUAGAAAAAAGUAUAUUUUCUAACAAAUUUGAUGUAUUGUAUAAGUUGAUUGAACAAAUGAUCAAUACAAAGUGGACCAUAUUGAAAAUACAGCUACCAGAAUAGCUUGACACUCAUUAUUCAUGAUUUAAUAUUAUAUCUAAAUGGUGAUGGUGAAGUGUCUAAGCAGCAUAAAAAAAUAGAUUUUUGACAUAUCUAUAUUUUCAUCAUUUAAAGUAUUUUACAAAUAUCUAUUAGUAAAAGUAUUUUCAUUAAUAAAUCUUAAUUCAGAUCUAUAUUUGUUUUUUUACGGUUUUUAAUGAUAUUCACGUGAAAAAAAUAUUAUUCUCUUAUGCAAAUAUAAAACGACAAUAACAGUCUUAGUCUUAAGGUACAAAAGUACAACUUAUACGUUUAAUUUAUACUGCAAACAUAUCAAACUAGUUUGAUGUAUACAAACUCGAGUAUUACAUACUUUUUGAACAAAACACAUCUAUACAUAUUCCAUUCUUCUUAACAUUCACUGUAUGUACAAGCACGAUUAUCAAUCGUAAUUCACGAUUUAUUAUCUAAGCAGAAGCUUCGUAAUAAUAUGAACAACAGAUGCGAAAUCUCUUGACUCCAAGCACGAAAGCGGUCCGGUUAAUAAAACUUGUAAAUAAAGAAAAAAUAUUCAUGACUUUCCUCGCCAUUGUCGCUGUCAAGCUCCUAAACGCACUUUUUUAUAACUGGAAAAAAGUUACUGCUCGAAACUACCGAACUGAAUUGACAGCGACGUGCCGUAGCUACAAGUAUUACGCAGCGUAAACGGAAAGUCAAAUUGCAAUAUCAUGUAUAUUAUAUUUUGGAGCAAAACUCGUGGUUCGUCUCAUAGUUGACAGGCCCCUCGAAAAGAGUCAACUUUCCUUCCAUUCCUUCCAUUCCUUUAAUGUAAUAACUUCGUUCUUUGUUGGUUCUGUUUCUCCUCGAUGCUUCCACGCGUCUCUUCUUCCUCUCUUUCUCGUCGAACGAGCAUUUUUUCCUUUUUUUUAACCGACUUCGGAUCUUCCUCUCGUAGCUCGUUUUUAAACGGUUUGCACACAACUGUGUCUCCUUAUAGUCUAGCAAUGAGUGGCGAGCCGCGCCACUCCAUUUUUUUUUUAAUUCACUUUUAUUUGUUAUUGACUCUUAUUAACGUUAUACUGUCAUUAUUACAUUCAUUAUUAUUAAACAACAAAAUACGACUAUUCUCUACUUUUAGGGCAAACAUAAGAAGUAUAUAUAUAUAUAUAUAUAUAUAUAUAUAUAUAGGAUUAUGUACAGAAGAAAAAGAUAUUAUCUACGUCUAAGGACAUUGACUACUAUAGAUGAUAGCGCGCAUCGUUUCUUUUUUUCGUUUUUUUUUCUUAAUUAAGAGGAUGUAUAACGUUCUAUCGAUCAACAUCGUACGUAAAUCGAACUAGACCAUCAGCUCUCUUCGUGCCUCACCUUUCCUCGAAACUACUUUAUUCGCAGAGUUGACUGGGCGUAUUUGGAAAAUAUUUUGAAACAAUAUCUAUACACGUAUUAUAUAUCGUACAAGAGUAAAAUAAUCAUGGACUGGAAGCAUGGAGCGUGCCUUAGUUUUUUAAAAAGAAAAGAUUUUAAGGAAAAGAGACGUAGAGAAAAACUUAAAAGUUGACUACUUCUCCAAAAAUGCACUAGCACUCGUGAUCACUUUGGCAUGCUUACUCAAAUUCGGCUGGGAGAAACCAAAACAAUGAAAGUUUCUAAUUAAUUUAAGAAGAUUCAAAGAUGGUGUCCGUAUAAUGUCGUAGAACAAUAUUUUUAUACGAAUUUACAUAGGAUUGUUGAGGGGGAAAGAAAGUGAACAAAGUAUUUCAAAUUUUUUAAAAUAACAGCAUGGCCUUAAGAGAUACAAUUAUCGAGAAUAUAGAUGUAAUUAUUUAUAAAGUAUAGAAAGGUGUGUAAUUUCUAAAAUUUGCGGUUCUCCGAGUAUGCUCUGUUGAAAGUGCUCGAGAGUGCUAGUAUGUGGCAAAAGUAAUCGUGCGUGCGAAAACGUUCAAUAUGAGUAUAAUUAUGCAAUUUAUGUAUGUAAAUAUAUACAUAUACAUAUACUCAUUUGUCAAAGAGAGCUAGAGCGAGUGCGUGAAAGUGUGAGCGAAUCGUCGCUAUAGGAAGAUGUAUAUGAGUCGAGUGAUUAAGUUGAGCGAAUGCGAGAGAGAGAGAGAGAGCCCAAGGAGAGAUAAUCCGUUUCUGUAUUGUGUAUAUGGUGAAUCGCGCAAGGAAUCCGCAAUAUAUACGUUCUUCUAAGCUCUAUUUAUUCUGUAUAAAAAAAAAGAGGAAAUUUUCUCGAUAUUGUUAAAUGUACGUUAGUCGGCAUUUCUUUCCUAUUAUUAUAUUAUUAUGUAUAUGUUACGUUGUCGUGCGAAAGGCGAAGCUCGCUCAAGCGUCUCUCUGUCAUACAAACCCACAUCGAUCGCCAAGCGAUAAGAACAUCGAUUUUUCUCCCAUUUAUCCACAUACACAUUUUUAAUUGUAUUUACUUUCUACUAUUACGUGCGCGUCGACCGUUCGGACUAUAAUAUUAUUACGUUAAAAUGAUGAUGUAAUGGCGAAAGAGAAGGAGAGCAAUGUUGAAAGGUGAUGCGAAUGCGAAAAAUUGUAUAGAAAGACUAAUUUCAUAAAUAUAAAUAUUUCGUAUACUACUA